AUGGACGUCGAUUCGGACUCUCAAGAGGCUGGCAAAGCGUCGAAUAAAGCUCUUGAAGCAAGAGAUGACUCUGAAAGUGAUGAAGACAACGAUAAGAAGCCUGCUGCGAAAAAUCUCGACGACGACGACGACGACGAUGAAGGCAGUGACAAUGACGACGAUGGUAACGACCAGGAAGACGACGAUCAGGAAGAUGAGGAGCAGGACGAUCAGGAUGACGACGAUGGGUCCAAGUCGGACAAUUCUGAAUCAGGGGACGACGAAUCUAGUGACGAUAGCGACGAUAGCGAUGAUAGUGACGAUGAGGGGAUAUCUUCCUAUGAAAAGCUUCGAAUGGAACGAAUUAAACGAAAUCAGCAACGUCUUCAGCAAUUAGGACUUGCUGGCAAAUCUGGUACGAGUGCAUUUGCUUCUCUCAAGCCAGCAAAACCAGUCAAACGCAAGCCAAGAAAAAAGGUGGAAAGAAUCAUGUUGCCACAAAGAAGCUCAAGAUCGAGAUCGGCCAAGAGGGGUGUUAGCUAUGCCAUCAAGUACGAUUUUCGAGGAAAGGAAAUUGUCAAGGUGAACAAGGCACCUGGUGCUCGCCGUGCCGCCAAGAAACCCCGAGUCGUUCGAUGGAUUCAUGACGAGUUUCGGCGGAUUGGACGUCAACGCAAGCAUACCCUCAAGUCUGCGACACGGAACUUGAAAGCUGCUGGCAAAGAAUUAAGCUACUGGAGUCGUAGAAUGCAAGUGUUUACUGAAAAGAAGCAACGGAUCGUAAACUUUGAAAAGAAGAUGGAGCAAGACAAGAAAGAGCGCGAGGAAUUUGGGGGAUACACUCGCUCGGAGCUCUUGAGGGAAAUUGAUCGUCGAACACCUCAAUUAGAAGGACUGCUGCUCAAAUACGAUAUUCAAGAAGCGAACGUUGCUAAGACCGAGGAAGAACGUCAAGCUCUUCUCGAGCGCAUGGUGCAGCGGGAGGCAUUUGAUCGCAAGAUGCAAAUGAUUGACGCUUUGGAUCGAUUUCCAAAAGCUCUUCGGGAUGCUACUACUUCGCUGAACUUGAUGCUUUACAAUCGGUCACCGAAGGACCCAGCGCCACCACGAAGAAGCAAACGCAACUCGACUGGCGAUGAUCGAGGCCAAGAGGACGAAGAGGGCCAGACCAAGGACGAUGACAAGGGUGAAGAUGGCUGGACCAAUUUGGUUGUCGACAAACCAACGUUGCCUACUGCAGAAUCGGCAACCAAGAACCGGAAGAAGGACGUGAGAAACGUUGGCGGUUGGGUGUCGCCAAUCUUUGGUCAAGAGCUGAACCGAGCUUGGCUGGAACGAGAACACGCAUUGCAAAAUUUUGACCUUGACACGUAUGUACCACAAGUGGGUGACACUAUUCUCUACUACCCUGGAGUGCACAAGGCAUUCUUAAAGAAGCACCCAGAUAUGCUGUGGAAGAUGACAAGGAACCCUCUGCGAGUGCCGCUGUGGCAGCGUGCCUUCAAGGAGAGAACAAAAGGAAUAACAGGAGGUUCUGACACUUGGUGGACCAACGAAUGGUUAGAUUCACCAGAUCUGGAAGCCUAUCCACUGGUAUGUCGAGUGGAGCGGACGCAUGCCGAAUUCCCUCCAGACCCCUAUGCGCACUACAGAACUUUGGACAAGGAUGGAAAUGUCGUAUGGAGGCACCCCAAGAGUCUCAAGCCAAAGAAGAGAAAGACUGGAAUGCGACUGGCUGUAUUAUUGAAACCGCUUACGCCGCUGCUACCACCAACCUUUGACGAGGACAACGGAUUAAUGGAUGAUAAGAGAUGCUCUUUGCCCCCAAAAUUCUAUGUAUCCACGGCACCAAUGAAGAAACCCUUUGUGGUACCUUUUGUUUGGGCAUUUGCCUUGAAUCAUUCCAUACGAGAAAACGAAGCCGUUGAACUCCCAGACAUUGACUCAAACAAGGCGAAGGUAAAGGCCUUUAAGGGCCUGGAAAGCAGCCAGUAUGGUAGCUUUCGGCUUGAUGACAAGGUCCAAUUGAUGCACCGAAUAUUAGAUGAUUUGGAGUCCACUGGUGUUGGCGCGACAUCGUUGCAAGAUCGCAUCGAGCAGCAGAUGACCUACGAUGGUUCUGGAAACUCCUUCUCCGCGACCGAUGCUGGCUUGAUUGUUAGCUAUCUGAAGGCAGAUUUGAAUGAACGAGGUGCCAUUGGAAAGGCUGCAAACACUGAAGUAAAUGGGAAUCUUCUUGAUCUAAUACGAAGCUGCUUGCCGCUGAGUCAAAAUAUUGAAGUGCAACCAAAUGCUUUUCAACGCAAGACAAUACGCGUGUCCUGGUGGGAUCUUCGGCAAAAGAAAACCUCAAAAGGUCGGCACACGACUCUUCCCGGAAUCCAAUCAGGGUGCCUACAUAGCUUGGAAGAUUCUCUUCGGACCAAGAUUGCCUUUUCUGUUGAAGAAUCUUUGAAUGAGAUUGAAUUCUGCGAGAUCUUUAGCGACCCUGUGACAGACGAAGAGGCUCCUGGGUACUCGUGCGCGGUCCCGAUCGGAAUGUACUUCAAUCGCAUCUUGAACCGACUGAAAGUUACGAAAGGCCCGACGUGUUAUUACACAUCUGUUGAAUCUGUUUUGUCGGAUUUGCAGUGUGUUGCUGAUAACUGCCUCCUUUACAACAGUCUCAAUUCUGACAUCGCAAAGCUAUGCGUCGAUAUUGUUAUGGGCAUCAAAAGGCAGGUAUCUGAUGUCUUUGCAAAGCAUGUAAAGGAACAAAGCAACCGAAUCAAGGCGGAGCAGGAGCGACGACGAUUUGUUCUCGAAAAUUGCGGCCCUUCGGUGGUCGGGGAUGAUACUAGCAAGAGACGAGGAAAGGGCCACACGGUCCCUGAUUGGUUGAAUUCGCCCUACGAAGGCAAGCUCUACCGCAAGUGGAUGCAAAGGCUCGACCAAGAUGGUUCCUGGACUAUUAAUGAUGGCGCGAGCCAGGAAGCCAAAAUCCAGAAUUGGGCUCCGCAAAGUGGCGAUGUUGUCCACUAUUCUCGGUCUCUUCAUGCACAAUUCGUCAAGGGACAUAUGGAAUCGUUGGCCAAAGAGCAGUGUGUAGUACCGCGUUUUUCGAGCAGUACAAGUGAGACAGCAAACGACGAAGACGCCGAAAAUGAUAUCGACGAAUCGGCUGAUGACUUAUUGCCGAAACUUGAAAGUCAUUGGUUGCUCGGAAACAUUGUCAGUGUUCGAAGCACAUUCCCACGCAAAGAAGAGACAGGCGAAUCUUUUGAUAUAGCAAGCCCCGUACUUGCGAUCGGUUUGCGCCUCCCAUACCCAUGGGCAAAAGGGAAAGUUUUUACUGUCUGCUGGAGGCCUUGUAGUUUCACAGAGAACGAGCACAGCUGGAAAUGUUCAUCUUGCAACAUUGGGAUGUCAUCAUUCCUUCGACCUGCAUGGCUUGCGAAGGAUGAAACGCAGCGAGACUAUAGAGUUCUAGAUUGCAGUGGAGAAUCCAAGUUGCAUUCUGAAACUGGACCGACUGGGAUCCCUCAACCAAAUCGGACAUCAAUUGCGACUUGUUUCGAUAUUAUCAAGAAACGAUGUUUAGCGGAAACGGAUCCUGAUAUUGUUGAUCCCAAGUCCUGCUUUUCCAACGCAGAACGGCGUGUGGCGACGAAGCCACCUACUUCGCGUGCUCUUCCAUCAUUUGAAACUUUAUUGUCUGAGUUCGAGGAGGAACCAACUUCUUCGCAAAAAAAAGCUUCAUCAAGAAAGAAUUCAUCCACAAAGGACAAGAAGGAAGCUAACGCAAGAAAAGUGCUGUCAAAAAUAUGUUUUCUGCCACCAUGGUGCGACCCUGUCGCCGCCGAAAAGGAGGAUACAGCCGAAACCUUCAAAACAAAGCUUCCUCUUCCGUUUCUGUCUUUGGAGCAGAUCUGUUUGCGAGUAAAGAACGGGUAUUACCGACAGCCAGCAGCCAUAUUGAACGACUUGACCGAGUCCUAUGUUACUGCUGUCCUCUACCUCCUUUCAAAUGCCACGACACGAAAACGGAACCAGGUAUCGCUUCGGAAAAUCACGAAGUACUUACAUACAACUACAAAAAACUCAAAACCAACAAAGAUGAUCGAUGCUAAGGACGCAAAGCAGAAAACACGCUCACACGAAUCUGUUGCAAAAACCAUGGCGCCUGUUGUCAGGGAAAGCUUGUUUGACAACGAAGAAUUCCAAAGUCUACAGGGCGAAGAGAAGGAAUGGAUUCGAAGAAUCGAAAAAAUACGAAAGCUGUACACAAUGGCAAUCCUGUGUGUGACAGACACUGGUCUUUUGCAACAUAUUUUUGGGCUACCAAUACAAAGUGAUGAUGCAGAUGGGGUCUCGCAAGACAAGUCCAAUUCUGAAGAGGAAACAAAGUUGCAGGAAGAAGGAAUCCGCCACAUUCGGUACUUGCUAUCAGCAGUCACCAGAGACCCUUCAGACUUGACCCAACCGUUCAAAGGUCAAAUGAAAAUUCGGAUUAGAUGCAACGGGAAAAUAGAGGCAUCUGGUGUGGAGAACGACGGCUCAGAAGGUGCGCGUGUGUUAGGGUCUAAUGAAUUGGAACGCAAUGACAAGCUUUGUCGGGUUCUAAUCGGUCAGCCAGGAAGACGAGCCGCUUGCGUCAGAUGUCAAGUAGCCGGCAGCUCAAUGCUAUCGUGCCGAGUAGCAAAAUCCCAUGCCAAUGUCGACUUUGCCUUUUCCGAUUUCUUCAAGAAUGGUCAAGGAGUCGAUGGUCUGAUAGCAGCUGCAACACCAAAUGGAACCAGCGGAAUGAAAGGUGGUAGCCAACUUUCAACACAGGCAAUUGGCGGCCCUCGUAUCGUUGGCAGCUUUGAAAGUGAGUUGACUGACCCCACGGACAACUUCAAGAAAGCAAGAACAACUUUCGAGUUGGCCAAGAUGCUUCAAAAGGAGGCUACAAUGCUGUCGCAAGCCCCUUCAAGGUUGGGAGAUGACUUCAUUCGUUCUUAUUUCCCAGUCGAUGAAUCAGACGGACACUACAUCUAUUGCAUUGUAUGUGGACGGAGCGGAGAUCUUGUUUGCUGUGAAGGUUGCCCAACUGUAGUUCAUGCAGAUUGCAUUGGACUGAGCAAUGUUCCGGACGGUGACUGGUUUUGCAACAAAUGUAAUUCCUCAGGGAAUACCGAAGAUGAAAUCAAAUCGGGUGGAGACGGCAAUACGGAUAGCAAAAAUGCAGGUUCGAGAGAUAUGGUAGCGGUCGAUCCGUUCCCAAGAAGUCCAAUGCCCGCAUACUUCCAGUUUUUGAAUGAACGCCGCACCGAAAUACAGAAUCAGAAUGAAGGGGCGAGUAAAAGUGAGAUAUCCAAGAUACUAUCGAACCUAUGGAAGUCAUCAAGUGACGAAGUUCGCAACAAAUAUAUGGAUGAAGAGGCGGCUCAGCGAAAGGCUUAUCAACUCGCUAUUGCAGAGUACAGAAAAAGCAAAGCUGGAAAACAAGUUGACGAAGCCCAGUCAUACGAAUCAGCUAUUAAAUUCCUUGAAUCGGUAAAAGAAAAGCGAAAGGAGGCACAGCAAGCGCAGGCAGGCCAACAAACAUCCGCAGCCCAGCCCACUGUUGCACAGAAAUCGAAUGAAAACGAUGCGGGCGAAACGAAAUCAUCGGAUCAUGGUCCUUUGGCAAGAAAGCCAGCGGCUGAUUCCAGCAGUAGUCGAAAUGAUGAUUUGAACGCUGAGAAGCCUGCUCCAGACGCUGAGCGGGAAGACAUUGAACAUCCUGUCGAGGCAAAACCUGACUUCGAUGACGGUGAUUUGAAGGCUGAGAAGCUGGUUACAGAGAAUGAGCAGGAAAAUUUCGAACAACAUGCUGAGGCAAAACCUGACAUUAAUGGUGAUCCCAUCAAAACUCAAGAUGAAAAGAACGAUGAAAAGAAAGAUGAAACGGCAGCCAUUUCAGACCCCGAAAAGUUGAAAAAAGCUUCCUCUGAAUCUUCGGCAAAACUUGAGGCGGUGGCUCCAACUAAGCCCCAAGAGAGUGACGAUUUUGAUUACCUUGGAGAAGUCUUGAGUAGGGCGAGGCAAGCAUCACAAAAAGACUGCGCACGAAAAUGUCCGAAAGGAGUGGGCCUCCUAGUGAAAAAGAAGAACGCAUAUUGCCAUAUUUGCCACAAGCGCUCUGAUGCCGCGUAUGGCUUUGCUUGUUUGCAUGAUACGCACAACUAUUGUCUUCGUCAUGCGAUGGAACGCUUUGAUUUCAGCUCCGAACUAUACCAGCUAGAUCAUUGCCCCAUCUGUUGCCUGAGGUGUGAAUGCUCGGCGUGCAAGCGCAAAGCCAAUAAUCUUGCCCGUGAAUUCAAGCAACACUGUCGUAACACGAACAAGACUGGCAAAGAAGCCAAGUUCAAGGGCAUCCUUGAUAGAUGUGCCGUGGUAUCUGGAGCAAGACUGACAUCGUUUGUUGCCUGGGAUGAUGAAAUCUCCGCUCUCGAUAACACCCCAAAGCAAGACAUCAAUAUUACGGCUCCCGUUGCAACAGAACCAAUCGAUCGACCGAAGAAAGCCAGUUCAGCAUACUUUUUCUUUUGUAAGGAAUUCCGAAGAAAGAUUUUUGAAGAUGAUCCAUCAACUGAGUUCAGAGAGGUUGGCAAGAUUCUCGGUGAGCGCUGGAGAGCCUUGGACGAGGAGGGUAGAAAGAAAUAUGAAGAUCUUUCCAAUGCGGACAAAGAACGAUAUGAGAAGGAAAUGGACGAGUACCACGAGAAGCUUGAAAAGGCUGCAGCUUCCGCUGCCUCAACCGCGUCUGGAUUUGACGAGGAAGCUAUUCCGCACGACGACAUCCCGGUGCCACAGAAACCAUAUCCCGCAUAUUUUCAAUUCGCAAAUUCAAAAAGAGUUGAAGUGAAGAAAGCGAAUCCAGGUGUCGCAAACUCGGACGUGAGCAGAAUCAUUGCUGACAUGUGGCGAGACUUGGCAGACGAAGCGAGACAGUAUUAUGUUGAUGAAGAGGCACAGCAGCGAAAGAAAUACAACGAAGAAAUGGAAGAGUACCAGAAGAAGGUAGAAGAACGAUACAAGAUGAUUGAAGCCCAAAGGCCAGCGAAACCUGUGGCCCCUCGUCGGGAUCCUGCGCCUCGACAAGACUCUCCUUCGCUUGUACCUGAAGCGAUUGUAAACGAACAGAUGCAGAACUUGGGGGCACUGUUGAAGCAGCUCUCGUCUCUACGCCCAAAGACGGCCUAUACACCACGGAAAAAGAAUAUCCCGCCUCCGGUCAUUCCAGUUGGGACCAAGUUCAAGAAGCAUUUUGAUGAUCAUGGUGAAUUUGAAGGGAAAGUAGCUCGCAUUCCUGAUGACGAAUCGGAUCUAUAUGGAGUGGAAUACGACGACGAGGAUGAAGAGGAACUGACGAUUGACGAGCUGCUACCUCUUGUAUCUGAAGGUGUACGAGACGACUACAAGCGAGCGCAACGGGACUAUAAAGCGAGGCUAAACCGAAAACGCGGGAGACCACGGAAAAUAGUGGUCAAUGAAGAUUCGGAUGGAGAAAACGACUCAGAAGAUGAAGGCUACCUUGAUCAGUCCAAGAUUGAUCUUUCCCCGAAAAGAAAAAGGGGACGACCAAGCAAUAUUGCCGCAGAUUUGAUCGACGAAGAACCGCCUCGGCGGAAACGUGGAAGACCGCGAAAGGUGGACCCAAGAGUCGAAAAUGAAGAGUCGAGACAAAAACGAAAGCGCUCAGCCAAUCCAGAUCCUUUGGAUUCCCAACCUGUCGACGGAACGCCACGCAAGCGAGGUCGUGGAAGACCGAGAAAGGAAGAACAAUCACUAGAACCAAAACUGAAGCUACCACUUGGGCAACCGCGGAAAAGGCAACGCGGCGAGGACGACUUGAGAGUAUCGAGCACGACGGUGACAUCACCACGUGGGAAACGUGGUCGGCCUCGAAAGAGACCAGCUGAAGAACCCGAAGCAAUUGUUCAACUAGAACGAGAAGAAAGUCCAGAAGACCCAAACAAAAGACGAUCCAAGCGAAGCACCAAGUUCCGAAAAGUCAUGACUGUUCCUGGCGAAUCCGUCAGGGAUUUGUUUGCUGGCAGCAAUGUCACCAUGACACUGGGCAGCAGCAGGUCUUCACUCAGGGCGGAGAAGCCGAGCGGGAGACGAAGCCAGACUCCCAAGCGUUUUGUGGAAGAGACCAAUUCAGAGUCUGAUCCAUCGCCAGUGGCUGAAACCAAGCGAGGUAGGCGAAAUCGCACUCCCAAGCGAUUGGUUGCAGACACCAAGGCAGAGGUCCAAGAACCUGAUCCAUCGCCAGUGGCUGAAACCAAACGAGGGCGGCGAAGUCGCACUCCAAAACGAUUCGCUCAGUCUCCUGAAAUGUCUACCAAGAAGGUAGUCCAGCAACAACAAAAGCGAGCAAAAUCUUUGCCACCAUCUACCACCACAGGUACAAGGAGGACUAGACACUCAGAUGCAACAUCGACAAAGGAAAGUGGAGGACGUGAGGGAACCAGAAGCCGUGGAAGACGGGGUUGA